UGCAAGAAGUGCGUGAGUCUGUCUGAGCAUGUGCUGCUGCUGCUGCAGUGGAAGUAAAAUGUGUCAAUUUCCAAUCGGAGAGCAGAGACAUCGUGGAGGAGAAGCCGGGGACAGCAGACGAGCAGCAGACGGCCGCCGCGACAUCCUGGACAACCUCUCCGCGUGAUGUGUUUGAUCCGCCGGCCUGUGCGCUGAGAGAGACACCGCAGAGCUCAAUCCGAAGACCUGAGAUCGCACCAGCACAGACAGAAGAUCUGAUUGAAAAUAAGAGGAAGGAUGGUGACCUUGGAAACCCCAGAGGCUCCUGUACCGCUGACGGCGCUGUCACGCUGGUACCUCUACGCCAUCCAUGGCUACUUCUGCGAGGUCAUGUUCACAGCCGCCUGGGAGUUUGUGGUGAACUGCAACUGGAAAUUCCCCGGCGUGACCAGCGUGUGGGCGCUCUUCAUCUACGGCACCUGCAUCCUCAUUGUGGAGCGGAUGUACCUGAAGCUGCGCGGCCGCUGCCCGGUGCUGCUGCGCUGCAUCAUCUACACAUUAUGGACGUACCUGUGGGAGUUCGGCACGGGGCUGCUGCUGCGCCAGUUCAACGCCUGCCCCUGGGACUACUCCGAGUUCCGCUACAACUUCAUGGGACUGAUCACGGCCGAGUACGCUGUGCCCUGGUUCUGCGCCUCCUUCAUCGUAGAGCGCUUGGUCAUCCGCAAAACUCUGAGGCUGCGCUUCCACGAGGGGCCCGAGGACGGUUGGUCGAACCAUCGGUUGGAUGCUGGGGGCGGAGGAGGGGCAGGAGGAACUGUGGGGGGUGGGAGGAGGAGGGAGAGGAGCAGAGGGAUGGGAAAUGAUGCUAACGGCUACCUUAAAGGGGAAUGAAUGAAUGAUGAAGAAAGAACACAAUCUGAAACCAGCCCAAUCGCCCUGCUACACCUCUUCUACCCUCCUCAGCCACUUUUCAUAAGCAGUCCUCCCCCCUAACUGUAUGGGGGAGACAAACAGACAGCUGGGCUGGUGUGCAGAGGUGUACAGAGUAUCAGAACAGCCAGACAACGAAACCUAACUGGGACUUCAAAUGCCCAAAUCACUCGCUGUGCCCUCUACUGUCAACAGAGGCACUCCAUGCUGCUGUGUUCGCUGCAUCUCAUAACGCCCCCACCCAUUUCCAUGUGGGGUUGACCUUAAGGAGAUGAGGAUAUCUCCUGUCCCACAGACUGCAAGAACUCGGGAUAUAAAAAAAAAAACAAAAGAUCUGCAAAAAUGAGUGUUAUCAUCCUGCGAAGGAACAAAUUCAAGAACAACAUUUCUGUUUUUCUGAAAGCAGAGUACUCGCUGCAUAGAAAUCAUCACAAAAAGUAGCUACUGCAGCUGUUCUUUUUAAAAUGUACAUAUUGUCCUUUAGUAUUAUUCAAAGUACUGUAGUAAUGUAGCUACAAGAAGCUCUUUAAGAACAUACUGUCCACCAUGAGGCAAUGCUCCAUGUGUCAGGCUACAUCAUGACGAAUGUUUUUCUGCAGUUAGUGAAUACCCACAAUUCCUGGAAAAAAAAAAGUGCAUGAAAAGAAGUUGUCUUCCAAUAUAAUCUACAUUUUUACAGAGCUCAUUCAGCAGUAACACUGAACGUCUCUUCAGGCAGUCUGCUGCUUGUAUGUGUG